AUGUCUAUUGUAUUACCAUCAGGAACUACUGACGGAUUCAAAGCCGUCUCGAAAUACUCUGCGCCAGUGCGUCGUCCAAUUGAACCAGUUGGUCGUUACUUCUUAGCUCACGCUUCAAGAACUUUGCGUGGACACACUUGGUCAGAAUUUGAAAAAUUGGAGGCUGAAAAGAACGUUAAACAAAUUGAAGUCAAUGAAGAUGAAGAUUUGGGUGAUGAAGAACAAAGUGAAGAGUUAUUAGAACACGAUCCAAGAGAAUGGAAGACUGCCAAUUUAUAUGCUGUUUUAGGUUUAUCUCAUUUGAGAAGUAAAGCAACUGAAGAUCAAAUCAGAAGAGCUCAUAGAAAACAAGUUUUGAAACAUCAUCCAGAUAAGAAAUCCGCUAGUGGUGGAUUAGAAAACGAUGGAUUUUUCAAAAUCAUUCAAAAAGCUUUUGAAGUUAUGUUAGACCCAGUUAAAAGAAGACAAUACGAUUCUAUUGAUGUUGAAAAUGAUCCAAAACCACCUGCUCCAAAAUCCAAAUACGACUUCUUUGAAGCUUGGGGUCCAGUAUUUGAAAGUGAAGCAAGAUUUUCUACUAAACAACCAGUUCCAUUAUUGGGCAACUUAGAAAGCACCAAAGAAGAAGUCGAUGCUUUCUACAGCUUUUGGGGAAGAUUCGAUUCUUGGAAGACUUUUGAAUUCAAAGAUGAAGAUGUCCCAGAUGACACUGCCAACAGAGAUCACAAACGUUAUAUUGAACGUAAGAAUAUUGCUAAUAGAAAGAAAUUGAAGCAAGAAGACAACAAGAGAAUUAUUGAAUUGGUCGAAAGAGCUCAUGCUGAAGAUCCAAGAAUUAAAUUGUUUAAAGAAAAAGCCAAAAAGGAAAAGGCAGCUAAGAAAUGGGAAAAAGAAUCCGGAUCAAGAAAAGCCGCUGAAGAAGCUGCUGCUAAAAAGGCUGCCGAAGAAGCUGCUGCUAAGAAAGCUGCCGAAGAAGCUGCUGCUUUGAAAGCCAACUCUAAAAAAGCCAAAGAAGCUGCUAAAGCUGCUAAAAAGAAAAACAAAAGAAACAUCAGAGCUGCUGUUAAAGAAAAUGAUUACUUUGGUGACGCAGCUAAGUCUGCCGACAUUGAUGCCGAUGUUGAUUUGUUAAUUGAAAAAUUCGACGAUGUUAAAUUAGGUGAAGUUGCCAAUAAAGUUAAAGACGCUGAUGCUGCUUCAGUGAAAUCUACUUUUGCUGAAGUAGCAAAGGAAUUGGUUGGUGCAGGCUCCUUAGAUGCUUCCUAUUUGAAAUAUUUUAAUUAG